AUGUCAAACAGUGCACAACAACAGUCAAGUAUUGACCUGGAGGACGACGAUGAGCCAAGUGACUGGGAUAAGCGCAUUUAUAGCACAGGUUGUCAUGCCGAACAAGAUAAGAUGAACGAUUGCUACUUUGUUAAGAAGGAUUGGCGGGCUUGCAGCAAAGAGAUGGAAGCUUUCCGUGAGUGCUGGAAGCGCAAGGGUAAUGACCAGCGAACCGAAACCAAGGACAAUUGA